AUGUUCGAUUACUUGAACGCUAUCUAAUUGAUUAUUAUGUCAAUUAAUAUCUUCACCGGAUUAAUAAGAGCAGGAUUAACAAUAAGCAAAAAGAAAAACCCUAUUGAUACACUUAUAUUUUUAAUGUAUGCCUUUGCAAUUCUUACCCUUACAGUUGAAUACAUAAAUAUGUUUAUGUGUAAGUAAGAAAAUGAAAUACUCCCUAUUUGUAUAGGAACAUGGAUUACAUUUUCACUUAGCUUAUAAUAAUCACUAGCAUUCAUGGCUAUACUGUAAUUCUUAACUUUUUUUCUCUUAUAAACCUAAUCAAAAGAUUUUUUAGAUGAAAUGAAGAAAUCCUAAAAUUAGUUUAUAUUUUUUGCAAUUUUAGUCCCCAUAAUAUUUAAUUUGCUUAAUUUAUUUGUUUAUAAUUCAUACUACAGAAUAUUUUAUCCUCCUAGUAAUAGAUUUUAAGUAAUUGUUUUAUUUGCUCCCUUGACUUUCAUACUAAUUUUAAUAUCAAUCUUUACAGGUUUAUCAAUAAAGAUGCUCAAACUGUAUUAAUCAAUUAUUAAGUAGGUAACAGCUCCCCAGAUUUUACUUUGAAAUUUCGUGAAAAUUUUUAGAAGACUCUUAAAAAGGCCCUUUUUAUAUAAUUGAUAUGUUACACACCAUUUUUAUUGAUUGUUAUUGCAGCCCAAUUUACUUAGUCUUUAAACAUCUAUUACAAUAUUCUAUUAGCUUUAAUCAAUACACAAAUAUUACAAUAUAACUAUUUAUUUGGUUUGAAUCCUUAUAUUCAAAAAAUACAAGUUUUAAAGAUGUCUAAAUUAUUAGGGAUUGCAGCAUCUGAUAUUGAAGAGAGUGAUCAAUAUUCAUAUGCUCAAACUUAAACUUAAACAUUUACUGAAACUUAAUUAACAAAUAAUGUAAGAAUUUCAGGAACUCCAUCAAAAGUAGCAGAAAUGGCAAUUUCAAGAGAUUCAGCAAAUAUUAAAUCUGAAACUUAAAAGUAACCGAAAGUUUUUGGAUCUGAGAAACAGAAAGUUAAUAUAGUAGAAAUGAAACAGAAAGCAAAAACAUAUGUACCUAAUUGA